AUGGACCAAGAAAUAGAUGGGCCUGACGGAUUGGAGAUCAUGUCCGAGAUUAUCUCGCUGGCAUGUAUCUCCAUCAUGGCUUUACUCUUUGGUUCCAAAUCCAAAAUUGAACGAUUCAACACAUUGACCUAUGGCCGUACGCUCGUCAUUAUCCUCUAUAUUCUCUCAUGGACAUUCUCGGCCAUUGCCAUUGUCUCGGUAUCCACGAACAACUGGAACAAGGUAUCCUGCGUUCUUGGUGUCAUGAUUUGCGAUGUGUUUUAUGCUGGUAGUAAAGUCACUAUCUAUGCCUGGUUGAUUGAACGUGUACAUCUCGUAACAGCCGUCAGAGUACGCCGAAUGAAAUCGAUUCAAUAUCGCUUCCAUCUCGCUUUAUUAUGCCCCUAUGUCGGCAUCUUCAUCCUCAUGUUGAUCUUCCGAAAUGCAUACAUUGAUGAGAACGGCAUUUGCAUCAUGGGUUUGCAACCACCAUCUAGUAUUCCUUUGAUGUUGCUCAACCUAUACCUCACUUUCCUCUUUGUCAAACCUUUGGUGAGAACGAGCCGUCGACACGAUCGUGAGGAUUGGAGAGAAACACGCUUGUACAAAUUGACACGUCGUACACUUGUGGCAUCCGCCGUGUGUCUGGUUGUAUCACUCGUCAAUAUCCUCACCUUGGCCAUUACACAAGGCCACGAACGUGGUUUAAUGUGUCUUUCCAUGUGCACUGUCGAUGUCACCAUCAAUGUCAUUACGAUUCAUUGGGUCACCUCAACCAAUAUCAAAAUGUCCGUUCGCCAUCCUACGAUCCCCACUAUGGACGAAUACAAUCGCACAGCUACGCCUCCACCUUUAGAUUCGACAUUUGAUAUGGGUGAUCAUCAAGAAUUUUAUCCUGACAAGUACAUCAUCCCACAAGUCAACAAGAAAUGUCAAGAAGACAACGAUAGUGUACAUUCGGCACAGCUCUCACACAAUAGCGCCAAACCUCUGCAGGCAGAACAUCCCGCCUCUUAG